CUGAUUAAACCUUAAAUAAAGUUUAGUUCUUUAAAUUAAUACAAAAAUUCAUCAGAAAAAUCCACGAAAAAGUACAAAAACUGGAGAAAUUAAAAUGUAACAAAAGACCGACGGUCACUAAAUUAAAAAAUGCUUGAAGAUCCCUUGGAUGACGACACCCACAUUUGCAUCAAAUGCAACGCAACCAUCGUCGGUCUCGAUCAAUACAUUCGUCAUCGCAAAUCCAACUGCGCUUCUACUUCCAAUCAUCAAACCUCUCAACCAAAAAGUCCCGUAAAAGCUCCCGAAUAUUCGUUGCACGAUCACGCUUACGAUGGCGACAAAGACCAUCACUCCCCGAUGCACACUUUCGACUACGACUUGGGCGCCGAUUUCUUUUUCUCAUCUCUCGAACUCCAAAGUAGCACGAAAAAAGUCGCCGGAGGCAAAACUCUUCCGACUGGCGGAAAAUCCAUCAACCCUCGCGACAACAGUCCCACAGACAAACUUUUCAGCGCCGUGACUGUCGACGAUGCGAUCAAUCCAAAGCCGAUAAAUUACUUUGAUGAUGACGACGACGACGUUUCGCCAGAUGAGGAGCAAGAUGACACCGACCCCGAAGAAUAUGGCGGCGAUAUUCCGCCGAGAAAUUACACGGGUGGCAAAUGGAAGCCGGAAAAUCGCCCGAGUUCGACACUUUUUCGCGGAUGGGAACGAGCUUGGGACGACGAUCGCUUGGAAAAGUCCUUCGAUGAGAGUGUUUACGAUGAUGAGGCACCGCCGCCCGGGCAUACGAAGGGAAAAUGGGUGCCUGGAUCAAAAAUUACAAAAUUAGUUUACGAUAAACCCGAAGCAGUCCCUUUGUCGACGCAAUAUUGGUGCAACUCGUGUAACAGAGGACUUGCCUCGAAAAUCGUCUAUGAGCGUCAUUUGAAGUCAAAUUUGCAUUUGAAGAAAAUUCAAGAGGAAAAAGACUUGGAAACUGUCGUUUGUCCAAUUAUUGAGCGACCAGAGCGGAUUGGGAAGCGAAAUCCAAAGCCGAGCGUUUAUUCGAACGAAAAUUUGUUCGAAACUUCCACUUCGGAGGACAAACAAAAACGAAUUCGUCGAAAAUAUUUCACAAAUUGCGACAUUUGCAAGACUCGUCUCCCGAUAAAACUCUUGGGAAAACAUUUAAUUUCUCAUUAUCACUACCGCCGCAUGCAAUUGUGCCCCGAAAAGGCUUACGAAACAAUUUUAUCAAAUAUCGACAAAAUUGUCGUUCAAUCUCCGUUCCAAUGUGCUCCGUGUAAAUUUUACGCAAACACCCAGGAAAACUUUUUUCGACAUUGGACGACGAAAAAUCACGAAAUCCAAGCAAAUUCUGUCCCCGGGAAUUUUUUGUGUAAUUUUUGUAAAUUCGAAACGCCGGAAUUGCUCGAGAUGACGUCACAUUUGAGCGAUGAAGAACAUCAAGAAGUCGUCAAAGCCAUAAAUCGCUCGGUGCCGAUAAUUAUUCAGAAAUUUAGUCCCAUCGUGUGUGCGGGAGGUUGUGGUUUCAAGUGUCGUUUUAACAUCGAAAUGAAUAAACAUCGAAUGGAAUGUAAUGAAGAAGCUUCUCACGAAAAUCAAGUGAGAUGCGAAAAAUGUGAGAAAAAUUUCAAAACGAAAAAUGCUUUGGUGAAACAUUUGACGAGUGAACACAAAGAAACGGAGGUUAAAAAGUUCUUUUGCUCGAUUUGUAAGGAAAAUUUUGAGACGCCAGAGUUGGCGAGGAAACAUCGAAGGACGACGGAGCAUCGUGUGAAGUCAGCAAGACUGCGGGGAUUGGAUAAAGAUGGCGGAAUGAGUAAAAAAUGUGGGAUUUGUGGAGCGAAUGGUUUUAGUGAUGUGCUUGUACUUAAAGAGCAUAUUCGGGUUUCGCAUCCAGAAAUUAAGUACAGUUGUCCUCAUUGCGCUGCUAGUUUUGUACUUCCACAAGAACUUAGUCGUCACGUGCGUGAUAAAAAUUGUAACUUUUUCACAUCCAAUCAAUCGAGCAACGAAGUCGUCGCAGUGCCAAAUGUGAGAUCAGGUGCUCUUGUUGUUGCCUCAUCAUCAACUGCCACAAACAACAUUGAUGAUAUCGAAGCAGAGGACACAACGCCGCCCGAACAAUCAUAUUUUACGAUGACAGCAUCGAUGUCAGGCACGUCCUCCGAUAAUGGUAUUUAUGUUGAUGAAAUUGACGGUUCAAUCGGCAACUCCGCUUCUUCCGUCGUCAGCGUCGCCCAGCAACUGUGGAAAUGUAAAUUAUGUACUUUUGGCACGAAAAGUCGGGCCGAAUUUAUCCAUCAUAAAAUUCUCCAUAAUGUGCCAAAUGUGAAGCCGACAGACAAGCUGGAGUGUCCGUUCUGCAAGCGGCACUACGUGAAGGCAUCGUUGCGGUGUCAUCUGCGAAUUCACACGAACGAACGGCUUUACGGAUGUAAUCAGUGCUCGUGGAGCUUCAUACGUGCGGCAAAUCUGAAGGAACAUAUUAGGAAGGUGCAUGAGAGACCGUCGAGGGAUGAGGAGCAUUUGUUCACAUGUGACUUUUGCUCGAAGGAUUUUCGGUUAAAACACCUCCUUUCGGAACACAUUCUUUCCGUACAUCGUGUCACAACUGAUUGUCCAGCAACCUCAACCGUUAGUAAGAAAACUUACAAUUGUACUCAAUGUUCGUUUAUUGCAAAGACCAGUUCUGGCUUGAAUUCGCAUGUCAUGAACCAACAUGAGGAGUCGUUGCUGACCUUUGAAUGCAGCGUUGAAGGAUGUUCGUAUCAAGGAAAGUCACAAGGCUUGUUGAAACGGCACAUGGAAAUUCAUGAAGCUCCGAAACGGGUUUACAGUUGUACGAAAUGUGAUUUUGAAACAAGGCACUCGGGUCAUCUGAAGCGACAUUUGAAGGUGCAUGACACAAAUGAAGACAGAUUUUUGCAAUGUCCGCAUUGUGAUUAUCGGUGUAAUAUUAUGGAUAAUUUGAGAAAACAUGUGAUCAAGACAUCGAAACAUAUCGGAAGGUAUUUGUACGAAUGCAGUGAUUGUAAUACAGGGACAAAUUCAACGCAAGAGUUUAAGGAGCACUUAAGUAGUUAUCAUGGACAAUUGAAUGUUGAUUUGAGUGAUUAUUUCAUCAAUAAAGUUCAAUAUUAA